AUGGUAAAUCAGAAGUCUGGUAUGUUGAAUUCUCCUAUUUAUAUUGAGGAACAACCUGAGUUGGUUCGCUCUGGGGCUUCUCAAGCUACUCAAGUGAAUGUUGUACCAAAGAAUCAAGUAUUUUCAAAAGUUGAUGUUAUGACAGAGACAAUGCAUGUGGAGCUGGAGAGGAAUUUGAAUGAGGUAGUUGCUGAAGUCAAGGCCUUAAAUAAUGAAGAGAAGUCUGGUAUGUUGAAUUCUCCUAUUUAUAUUGAGGAACAACCUGAGUUGGUUCGCUCUGGGGCUUCUCAAGCUACUCAAGUGAAUGUUGUACCAAAGAAUCAAGUAUUUUCAAAAGUUGAUGUUAUGACAGAGACAAUGCAUGUGGAGCUGGAGAGGAAUUUGAAUGAGGUAGUUGCUGAAGUCAAGGCCUUAAAUAAUGAAGAG